GGACCCACCUGUGUUCCCUACCAUGACCUGUGAGAGUGAAAUAAGCGGGUAAUGAGAUCACAAGUCGUCACUCAAGUUCUCUCAGAUAUCUUUGUCCACCCAUGUCGGCCUACUAAAUCGAUCCAAAACGCAAGCUGCUCUUCCUCACAAAUUCUCUCUUUUCCGGCGAUUCUUGACUGUUUGUUGUAUUCGAGAUUCGAGAUUCGAGAUUGUUGCUCUGAUCUUGUAUAAAACCGAAAAAAAUCUAGAUUUUGGACCCAGAUCGCCAUGGCAACAUUGGUGCCGGGAGUCUUGAGAAAGCUCCUCGAUGGUAUGAACCAGGAUAAGCCGGCGACGUCAUGCGGAGAGCGGAGGAGCACCGCGCAGCUGCAGGUUACCGACAUCCUCCCGGCCGACCUGGACGAGAAGGACCUGUGGCCGAAGCGCGGCUUCUACAUCAAGCUCUCGGACUCCGCGCACUCCAUCUACGCCACGCUUCCGGAGGGCCAGGACGAGCUUGUACUCGCCAACAAGCUUCAGCUCGGCCAGUUCAUCCACGUCGACCGCCUCGACCCGGCCUCCCCCGUUCCCCUCAUCGUCGGCGCCCGGCCAUUGCCCGGACGCCACCCCCUCCUAGGCACCCCCGAGCCAAUCGCCCGUGUUAUGGCAAGCGGAGGCGACAAGUCCGUCGCCUCCUUUUCUUCCGUUCACAGGAGAAGCUCGUGGGAGAAGAACGCAGUCGCCGGAGGCGUAAAGCCCGUGGCUUUGGACUUCGGUGUCAAAACCCCCAAAAAGGGCAUAACACUUACUCCGACUAGUAGCGUUUUCUCGUCUCCGGUAAUGGCGACCAGAGCAUCUGUCAAUGGAACUCCUCUGAGUAAAAUGAGUGCCGCCGAUGCCAAGGAAACCGGGUCAGCGUCUGUGAGGAAGAGCUGCAGCAUGGCCAAGUUCUCCAGGUGGAAGAGCGUCGGCGAGAGAGAUCCCAAGAUUCCAAAGACUCCCUUUCCCGCUGAGACGCCUCCAAGUAAAAGCCCCAUGCCAAAACUGAGGAGUGCUAAAUCCAUCGGAGAGGACACAUGCCGGACUUCCGAUAAACAGGACACCUUACUCACCUUCGACAACGCACAGUACCACAGCUCCGGCGGCGAACGCAGCAUACCCUUGCCCGGGAAGCUGCUCGACACCCUUGGAAAGUGUGAAGUUGAAUUGCAGGUGGCUCUGCAACAAAGAGAAGCGGCUCAGAAGACAGCUCUUCAGGCCCUGCGAGACGCUUCUGCUACAGAAACCGUGGUCAGAGUUCUCAAGAUGUUUUCUGAAUUGAGCAAAAGCGGAAAGCCAGAAUCACCGGCAGCUUGCUUCGACCAGUUCCUGAGCUUCCAUCAGGAGAUUGUGCAGGCAGUGGCAGACAUAGAAUCGAUUCAAGCAGCUACUCUGAUCACAGCACCAAGCGAAGAGAAAGAAGAUUCAGCCAAGAUACAACGAUCUUCUAACGACGAAAACUCCAUCUUAAAAGAGAGGGAUCACAACUCCAUCAACCAAAAUGGGAGAUCGACUUCCAAGACGAGAUCAGCAUCCAACACUGUGUGCCUUGGCAAACAUCCAAGAUCAGAUGGCGGCCAUAAAAUUAAUGAUGAGGAUAAAGGUCCGAGUUGCUCUAGCUUGGGGAGGUCGAUGAAAUUGGCAAAGCAGAUACGAAAAGAGGCAGGAAGAUGGUUCGUGGAGUUUGUGGAAGAAGCACUUGAAUCUGGUCUGAAGAAGCAAACUCAAAAGGAUGGUGAGAGAUUGAAGUCAGGUAGCUGUCCCCAGUCACUGAUACUGAGGAUCAUAAACUGGAUAGAAUUGGAGCAAUGUAAGCUUGUUCAUCCGAGGGUGGCGCAAAUAGCGAGAAAACUAAGGAUCAAGGCAAGAAACCCAUAGACCGGCAAAUUGAUGUUCAACUUGAGCCAUGCACGUGUAAUAAUUUGUUCGUGGAUCUUCAUUUACUGGAUUAGUGGAUUAAUGUUAUAAAGUUUUCUUUUAAAUACAAUUCAGGGAUCCGUUUGACUAA